AUGGCCUAUGGAGCCUGGGAACUUGCAGACCGAAUAGCCGUCGAGAUUCUUGUUGGAUCGUAUGCGAUAUCGAUACAUUCGCCGCCCGCACUAGCGCCCGGUAUUGAUGAUAAUUACCACUUACUAUCAUUACCGUCGAUGCCUCCAUUUCAAGAGCUCGAGUUCAAAUCAGAAACCUCGGUUCCAGUCCCUGAGACCUGCAAUCCUAGAGAUCUGUUACUUGGUCCAGAUCCAGACCUUGAUAUACCCACAAUAUCGUGGACAGUUGAUUCGCCUGAUUUCUCGCCUGAUUUCAACACUCAAAUGCAAAUUCCUGGUUUUGGUUUUGUGUACGAUACAAUGGAAAUGGAGUUUCGGUCAGUGCAGUCACUAAUGACGACAUCGGCCCCGUCGGAUAUCCUCACCCCGGAACAAACACCAGACCGUGAAAUGGAGUGUCCCGCCUCCGCGGUUGAGGGGGUUGUCGGAGUGAUAUUUGCGAUCCCCGAAAGCCUAGCAACCGAGAAAGACACCUUCAAAAUCCCGCUAUCUGUUCCGUCAGAAGUACCCACCCCUGAACAAACACCUGAUCCUGAGAUAGAGUCACCUACCGCUGCUGUGGGAGGCAUGAUUGGCAUGGACUUAUCAUGUCCGCACGAAGGUUGCAGGAAAGUCUUUCCACGAGAGAAUGCGCUUCUAAGGCAUAUAUCGUCAAUACACGAUGAGAAAGCCAGUGUAUCAUGUCCAUACUGCUUGGAAGCCGGUAACUGGAACGGGAAAAGAUUCAACCGAAGCGAUAACUUCCAGAGACACGUGAAGGGUCGGCACAGUGACAUUAGCGCAGAUGACCCUUUAAUAAAGCAAGCCCUCCAGAAGCUGUGGAAAGCCAAAGGUGUGCGAACAUCUUGGGGGAAGAAACCAGGUGCGAAGAAAAUUAUUUCAAAACGGAAAUAUUGA